AUGGCCCCUAGGGUCUUCGUACCUCGCCGCCCGGCUCCGCAGCAGCUGCAGAACAGCCAGCUCACAGCAGACGACCGGAUGGCUAUCAUCGACCUGUUUGACCACAUCAUCAACGCGGGCCAGCAGCACACCCUGGGAGACCUGUUCACCCCCGAUGGAGAGCUGCACCUCCCAAAGGGCGUGGUCAAGGGUGCCGCCAACGUGGCGGCCCACUUCGUGAGCUUUGCCCCGAUGGCGCGUGGCAAUCGCCACCUCACCCUCAAUACCAUCCUGCACGACGGCGCCGGCGCCCAUGCGGCCGCCAACGGCGCCCCGGCGCCGCGCACGGCCCGCGCGUCGUCGUACCGGCUGCUGCACCGCGCGUCCAGCCCGCCCGUGCUGCUUGCGAGCGGGACGAUAGAGGACGAGCUUGCGUGGUGCGAGGAGGAGCGGCGGUGGCGGUUCUCGAGGCGCGAGUUUGUCAUGGACCCGCCCGCGGCGGCGGGCGGCGUGCAGCAGCGGGUGGUGGAGCAGCAAUGA